GGAUGUCAAACGUGUAGUCUAUCUUUAGGCACCUUUAGGCAACAGUUUUAUCAUCCUACCACGUGUUAUCGUUCCUGAUCCCCACUAAAAGGAAAUCCUAUCAAACCCAACUGGACCCGCUUCAAGGAUGGUUAUCCAACGAGUUUGGCGUUCCUCUUCCAACACACCCAGCAGCAGCAGCAGCACAACAGUAACAAAUAGCAACAGCGUCGUCGCCCUCACUUCAUCAUCAUCGGCGUCGGCAGCAGCAACAAGUUCCUCUGAAUUGGCGCCACAAAAUGUGACCAGCGAACUUGGUUCGGAUGGAACUGGAAGUAAGAGUUCUAAACUGCAACGUCCCAAAUUGAGUGGAGAGGCCAUGCUGGAGGUAAUAAAGUUGCGCUACUCCGGGCGGACACACGUUACUCAAUCAGUCGGUGAUACGGCUAUGAAAUCGCUCGAGCUGUUGAGAGCCAACAUUCAGUAUCUGUUCGACAAAGAGAUUGAGGUGGUCGUUAAGAAAUUUAGCUCUCUAUUCUUCAUACCAGCUAUAAAGAACAUCAAGGAAAAUCUUGGAGAAAGUGCAAUAUCGGAGGAAACCCUCAAGACGAUUUAUUGCUCUUUGCUGGAGAACAGUAAGAGCCAAUACGUUGGGCAAAUUGCUUCUCCUGCGGAGAAUUCUCUCUCGAGGGCAAACACCCCUGGAAUGGAGCUGAGUGAUUCCGACUCGAGUACAGAUAAUGUGGUACCAGCAGGAACAACGAGUCUUCUUCAACAAGCACUCAAACGAAAACUUCCAGAGCCGAACCAGCCAGACACAUUUAAACGACAAUAUUUCCUGCAAGGGUCUCUGUACUCUCAAAAUCAUUACUCUAUUUUGCAAUCGUUGGGAAACGUCCAGGGUUCGCUACCAUAUCAAAUUCGACCAUCAGUGCUAAAUCCCACUGUUUACACAACCACCAUUAGCCCUGAGACUCUUUUCAUCUUGGAUUUCAAAGCCGGCCGCGCCCUAGGAGUAGCAGAUUUUCGCGAAAGACUGGUCAACAAGCACCCAGAAAUCCUACGGUACUGUCCAGACAACCAGGACCGCGAUUGGUUGCUGCAACAAAAACAAAUAUCCCCACUCAACAGAAAUGGUCGUUUCUUCCUACUGGUUUUGGACGAAGUCAGGAAAUUGGCCGAUCGUAACUCGGAAUACGCAAGCAACCCAUACAUGAAAUUAUCGGAACUGCAGGGCUUCAAACUCACAGAAUUGAUCUACGCCAAGGUGCAGAAACUCAUCAAAGACAGUGCCGAUUCGGGUGGUCUGAAACCUACGAACUCUUUGUCGUCGACAGCAGUAGUGGUCACAGCAACAGCAGCAGUUCCUACCAACACUAUUCAAUCGAGACCAAGAGUGUCUUCACUGAGUUCCUCGCAUGCCACGCUAACGGCACUACUGUCCUCGCCUCAACAGUCUCAAUCGAGCAGCACCGGAACGAAUGCGGGGGCUUCCGCCAGCAGUCAGAGACAGGAGGCCAACACUGGUGAAACCGGAGGUGGCGAAGUGCAAACAUAAAGCUGGAAUGUUUUUACGAUGGUUAUAUGAGAUGUGAUCUGGUUAUAAGCAGUAGAAUAGUUUUUACUAUUUUGUGUGUACAUAUCAGGGUUUUUGAAUAGUUGUGGAUUUAUUCAUAUUCAAAAUUCGAAGAAAGGGAUAUUAUUGAUUCCAUGGUAGAGUGACGAAUACAUAAAUUCCUUUAUCUUUUAGGCAGUUUAAAAGUUUUAUUCUGUAUUGCUAAACAAUCUACUAUUGGAAUGUGUGAAAUGAUGGAAUGUUUAUCAGUGUGCUAUCAUUGGUGUAAUGCGCUUUACAUGUUUUAGAGUAAUAAAAUUUUAA